GCCGAGGGCGCAACGGGGCCGGGAGAGAAACCGCGAGGCGCGCUGCCAGCAAACCCGACGCCGCCGAGCCGGGAGGGCGGCGGGCUCCGCGGGCCAGGGCGCGGCCCAGAGAACGCGCGCCGGCCGGUGGAGUUAGUCGGGGCGCGCUUCCUGGAGGAGGACUAGGAGGAUUUACCGCCCGAGCAGCCGGGAUGAAUGGAGGGGGCGGGGCCGGGAGGGCCGGGCCCGGCGCAGGCCCCCUGCCGAGAGGAGGGGGGGCGGCCGCGCGCUUAAAGCCGACGCCCGCGAGGCCCUCCCCUGGCCCGCCGCACCGCCCGGACUCCCAGGGUCUCUGAGCUCACCGAGCUUCCUCCCCAGAAGCGUCGCAGCCCGGCUCAGCCCCUAACGCUCGGCGCGCGGGCCCGAGGAAGCCCAGUCUACGCGUGCUGGCUCAGUCGCCGCGGGCCUCCGGGAGCAGCCCGCCCGGGGUGGACAGGAGUGCGGGCGAGGGUGAGCGCGCGGGGCGGGACGACGGGACCCCGCGCCGGCCGCACGGCCUCCGGCGCCGGGGGGCACCGUCGGCGCGGCAUUAGGACCCAGGCGCGGCGCGGGCUUGUGUCGCCGGCUCCCGCCGCCGGCCCGCGCGAGACGCCGGGGUUGGGGUUCCGCGGCACCGGGCGAGGAGCCAGGGCGCGCGCGCGGGUGCGCAGCCGUCCCGCGGCGGAUCGCUGGGGCCGUGGCCGCGGCCACCAGGCGGGUGCUCCAUCGCCGGCCAGACGGCGGGUGCCUGCGGCGAGAAGGCCGUCAGGUCUCCGGCGCAGAGGCGUGCUAGGCUGGGACGCGGGGCCGUCGAGGCGCUGCGGGAAGCGCGGCCGCCACAGGUCUGCGCCGGCCCCCCGCGCGAAAACUCUUCUAUCAUGUCGCAGAAUGGAUACUUUGAGGAUGCAGGUGAGUACCUUUCAGGUGUGGGUGUGUGUAUAUAGAGAACUUACUUGGUCAAAAGUCUCUAGGGGACCUAGUCCAUCCACCUGGGCAUUAAAGGUCCUCUGCUGGUGCUGGGAUCCCUUUGAAUUCUACCCUCCAGGAGGUUGUGGUGUGAUCAGAGGAGCAGCUGACACUGCCCCGGACACUGGCAGAUCUCUGGUGGGCCUGUGGGCCUGGGAGGGUAGGCUGCUCCCAAUCCUGGGCUUUGUGGACCAUCUGAUAGCUCAUGGUUUGCUGUUACAACGCUCUGGUUAUCUGAGCAGCUUUUAGGCGAAGUGUUGUAUGUGCCCACAUUCCUCAGACCCUGCCCAACGCUGUGAGGGAGGGGCUGCCAGUGUCCCUCUAAAGAACUGUAACCUCUCUGCACCUCAGCUUUCCCUGCUUGCACCAGCCUAGCUCUCUCCCUCCCCGUCUCUCUGGGCUGGCUCCAUGCUGCCUCUCCUGUGCCCAGGUUCAGGAGCUGGCUUGACCAUCAGAAGGGUGUUUAGUGAGACACAAAGUGGCGCUGUGUUCCUAUCCAGGGUCCCCAGGGCAUGGUGACUGCAUGUGCCGGCUGCUGGUGUGCAGGUUAGGUGAUUGGGCUAUAGGGUGGAGGUAGGGCACGGCAUCCCAGGAGCCUUGUAGGGACCUGGUAGUGUCUGCUGGGUAGGUCCUAGGUAGAGCCCAGGGAAGGGGAGAAGUAGGGCAGUGUGAGGGGCAUGCCAGGGAAUAGCGGGUGUUGGUGGGGGUGACAGAAGGGAGGCUGGGACAGGUUGGAGCUGGGGAACCAAGCAGUCUACGCAAAGCAGAUCUGGAAUUGGGGAGGAAGGGGCUUUUCAUGGACAUGAGCUCCAUGACAAAUGGGAGAAGACAUCUUUUGACUUAAUAGUUCUUCUCUGGGCUGUGGGUACAGUGUGGGUACUGGAGUUAGGGAUCACCAGUCCAUGAGGGCCUUGAUAGGGGAGGCCUUGUGCCUCCAACCCGGAAAGGUCCCAGGCUGAGCACAGGACACUGGGGGAACACAGCCUGGGAUGUGCAGAGGAAACCAGCAGGCGGGAGUGGAAGUGAGUCAGGGUGAGUCACCGCCUGGCAGGUGGAGGCGUGCUGCUGACCCGUCCCUGUCCCUGCACAGGUGUUUGUCAGGCAUUGAUGGGGUCUGAGCUACAAGAGCCCCUGGGAGAAUCACAAGUGGUGGACCCCAGGGGACCCACAGGACAGGGAGGAAGAGGUGCCAGCUGGGCCAAGAGUGAGGCAGGGAGGGCCCUAGGUGGACUUGCCAGAGGAGGAAGGUUCUGUCAAGAGCCUUGAAGAAGGCCCUCCAGGGAGGGAAGCCCUCAGCUUGGAGGACAGGAGCUGGCAUGCCUGGGGUGCUGGCUGCCUGGCCCGAGGAGUGAGAGACUGGGGCGGAGGGCUGUAGGAAUGGGCCUGAGGGGCCAGGGGUUUGGACAGGGGUAGCAGGGCGGCCUCAGGAUGUCAUCCCAGAGGCUGUGCAGAGCCCUAGCAGGACUCAGGGCAGAUUGGAACUUUUACAUGUCACCAGGAAGGCUUCCUAUAGGAGGGGGCCUGUGCUGUGGGGCAGUUGCAGGAACUGAGAGGCAGACGGAAAGCAAGGGACAGCAGGCUCUGUGCUCUGGAGUCCCAAGGUGCCGUAACAUGCUCCUCACCCAUCACGAGUGGAGGCCUGGAUGAGGCCUCCUUCUGGGGUCCUGUCCCCUCUCUGUCCCUGGCUCUAUUGCGCUGGCUCUCCUGCUUCUCCUGCUUGUCUGAUGUCGGACGAAGGUCUCUCAGACUUGAUGCUUUGCCCCACAUGCCCUCCCUGUGCCAAUGAGGUCUGGAUACUGCUGGCCUCUGGCUUUCCUUGGGUCACUUCUAGGGAGCCAGACAGGUCUAGGUCCUGCAGCCUGGAGGUUCUGCGAAGACGGGCCAGUCAGUCUUAACUACAUCAUUGUACCAUGUGCCUGGCCCAGUGUGUGUGGAAUGGACAUGUUCUUUCUCUAGCUAAAGGAUAUGCAUGGCACAGAACGGAGCAGUGUUCCUGCAGCUGAAGAAUGUUGGAGAAAACUGUUGGGUGGGGGGUGCCAGCUGGCUGCCGUCCUCAAGGGGCUGGGCCAGGACCAGAUAUUGGGCCUACCUGAGCCGAGGCUUCCUUCCUAGAGGGCUCUGUCCUGCUAGAGGCCUCCCUCAGCACUCACCGAGACAGCACCAAGUGGGACAGCCCAGGGGCCCCUGCCCCUUGGGCUUGGAGUUCCUUUCUCCCGUGUGUAGCACUGACAGCCAGGCCCUCUCGGGGGGUGUCUCUCUUGGUGGUGGGGGGGCUCCAGGCUACCUCAAGUGUGACACAGAUGAUGCCUCUGAAACCCGUGAGGAGAGCCUGGGGGAUGAGGCCUUCGACACGGUCAACUCCUCCAUUGUGUCUGGCGAGAGCAUCCGUUUUUUUGUCAACGUCAACCUCGAGGUGCAGCCCACCCAGUCUGCAGAAAAUGAAUCGCCUGGUGGCUACGGACUCCUACACACCUCCCGCAAGUACCUGAAGUUAAAGAACUUUGAGGAAGAGAUUCGUGCACACCGGGACCUGGAUGGCUUCCUGGCGCGGGCCAGCAUCAUCCUGAACGAGACGGCCACGUCCCUGGAUGACGUGCUGCGGGCCAUGCUGUGCCGCUUAGCCCAAGACCCCCAUAACACUGAGCCUGACUGCAACUUGGACCUGCUCAUGGCCAUGCUCUUCACUGAUGCCGGGGCCCCCAUGGAGGGUAAAGUUCACCUGCUGUCGGAUACCAUCCAAGGGGUCACCGCCACAGUCACCGGGGUGCAAUACCAGCAGUCGUGGCUCUGCAUCAUCUGCACCUCCAAGAUGCUGCUGAAGCGGCACGUGUGCAUCAGCCGCCUAGAGCGCCCGCAGAACUGGGGGGAGAACUCCUGUGAGGUGCGGUUCGUCGUCCUGGUGCUGGCCCCACCCAAGAUGAAAAGCACCAAGACUGCGACAGAGGUGGGACGCACAUUUGCCACCAUGUUCUUAGACAUUACCUUCCGCCAGAAGCUCCUGAAGACCCGCACGGAAGAGGAAUUCAAGGAGGCCCUGGUACAUCAGAGACAGCUGCUCACUGUAAUGAGCCACUGUCCGAACAUCAACAUGAAGGACUACAAUGCGAGCUCCAUCUACGUCCACAGACCCCUGCAGCCCCCACGGCAUAAGGACUUUCUUCCCGUGGGGAGGGGCAUCCGGGAGGACAUCGCCCGCAGGUUUCCUGUGUACCCGCUGGACUUUACUGAUGGCAUCAUCGGGAAAAACAAGGCUGUGGGCAAAUACAUCACCACCACCCUGUUCCUCUACUUCGCCUGCCUCCUGCCCACGAUUGCUUUUGGGUCCCUCAACGAUGAGAACACCAACGGGGCCAUUGAUGUGCAGAAGACCAUCGCCGGGCAGAGCAUCGGAGGCCUCUUGUACGCGCUCUUCUCCGGGCAGCCGCUGGUGGUGCUGCUGACAACCGCGCCCCUGGCUCUCUACAUCCACGUGAUCCGUGGCAUCUGCGAUGACUACGACCUGGACUUCAGCACCUUCUAUGCGUGGACAGGCCUGUGGAACAGUUUCUUCCUCACGCUCUACGCUCUCUUCAACCUCAGCCUGGUCAUGAGUCUCUUCAAGAGGUCAACGGAGGAGAUCAUUGCCUUAUUCAUCUCCAUCACGUUCGUGCUGGAUGCUGUCAAGGGCAUGGUCAAAAUCUUCCAGAAGUACUACUAUGGCCAGAACCCUGGGAACCACUACGAAGACAGGUCCUCCCCGGUGAGCCUGCUGGGCGCCAGCGCCAGCCUCAACAGCAGCCUCCACGCUGCCCUCAACAGCAGCCUCCUGGCCGGCCCGCCGGGACUGCCGGCGGUGGGCAGCCAGGGCGCCGAGCCCCCGGCCCGGGAGACGGCCGUGCUCAGCCUCCUCAUCAUGCUGGGCACCCUGUGGCUGAGCUACACCCUCUACCAGUUCAAGAAGAGCCCCUACCUGCACCCCUACAUGCGUGAGAUCCUGUCCGACUGCGCCCUGCCCAUCUCGGUGCUUACCUUCUCCCUCAUCUCUUCCUACGGCUUCCGCGAGAUUAAGAUGGGCAAGUUCCGCUACAACCCAAGCGAGAGCCUGUUCGAGAUGGCCGAGAUGCACUCGCUAUCCCUGGUGGCCAUCAGCAGCGCCAUGGGCCUCGGCUUCCUCCUCUCCAUGCUCUUCUUCAUCGAGCAGAACCUGGUGGCCGCCUUGGCUAAUGCCCCGGAGAACAGGCUGGUGAAGGGCACUGCCUACCACUGGGACCUCCUGCUCGUCGCCAUCAUCAACAGCGGGCUGUCUCUGUUCGGGCUGCCCUGGAUCCACGCUGCCUACCCCCACUCCCCGCUGCACGUGCGGGCGCUGGCUCUGGUGGAGGAGCGCGUGGAGAACGGGCACAUUUACGAGACGAUUGUGAGCGUGAAGGAGACACGGCUGACCACGCUGGGCGCCAGCAUCCUGGUGGGCUUCUCCCUCCUGCUGCUGCCCUUCCCGCUCCAGUGGAUCCCCAAGCCCGUGCUCUAUGGCCUCUUCCUCUACAUCGCGCUCACCUCCAUCGACGGCAGCCAGCUGUUUGCACGCUUGGUCCUGCUGCUCAAGGACCAGACCUCGUACCCACCCACACACUACAUCCGGAGGGUGCCCCAGAGGAAGAUCCACUACUUCACGGGCCUGCAGGUCCUGCAGCUGCUGCUGCUCUGCGCCUUCGGCAUGAGCACCCUGCCCUACAUGAAGAUGAUCUUCCCCCUCAUCAUGAUUGCCAUGGUCCCCAUCCGCUACAACCUGCUGCCCCAAAUCAUUGAAGCCAAAUACUUGGACGCCAUGGACGCUGAGCACUGAGGUCCUGACUAGCAGGCCCUGGCCACAGCCCGUUCGCCCAUCCCUCCGGGCCUUUCCAGGCUGGCUCUGUGGCUGUGUGUGGGUAUCUUGGGGUGCUGCUCUGUGCUGCACCCCCUCACAGCUGUCGCAACUGGCCUAGGGUGUCUGGGCAAGGAGGGGGCUCCGAGGUGUGUGUCUGCUCCUCUUCCCAUUAGCCUUUUGCUUUGGGUCCGGAACUCUGCUCAGGGCAGCUUCUGCCCAGGGUGGGACUAAGCAGGAUGGAUUUUCUUUUGAUAAAAGAGUCACAUGCCUGAAAGAGAAACCAUUUCCUUGAUUGUGUAAGGAAUUUGCUGUAUGCAUAUUAGAGAAUAAAGCUCCUAUUCCUAUGCUUCUACAUGCGGCCUCCAUCCAU